GUCCGACCGGCUGUAACCGGUAAUUCCGGUUUCCCCAUGGUACCAUUGGAUUCGUGCCAUCCCCCCAUCUUCCAUAUUUUCAAACAGCAAAACAACCCUUACAACCUUCGUCUUCUCAAAACCUUCGAAAGAGAGAAAGAGAACAUUUCGUGCUUUUUGAGAAAGAAAAGGAACUCCUUUGGGAUUUGGCCCGAAUCGGAUACCGAUUCGACUCGUUCGUUCUCGACUCGGUCUCUCUAGGGACUUCUUCUCCCAAAUCAGAAAAUGUCUCGAGUUGAGGAACUAUGGGAGCGGUUAGUCCGUGCUGCAUUAAGGAGGGAAAGGACUGGUAUUGAUGCAUAUGGGCGUCCCUUUACUGGCAUUGCUGGAAAUGUUCCAUCUUCACUUGCAAACAAUAGGGAUAUAGAUGAAAUUUUGAGAGCUGCAGAUGAAAUUCAAGAUGAAGAUCCCAAUAUUUCUAGAAUCUUAUGUGAGCAUGCUUAUUCAGUGGCUCAAAAUCUGGAUCCUAAUAGUGAAGGAAGAGGUGUUUUACAAUUCAAGACUGGAUUGAUGUCUGUCAUCAAGCAAAAGCUAGCAAAGAGGGAGGUUGGAACCAUAGAUAGAAGUCAGGACAUUGCCCGCUUGCAAGAGUUCUACAAGCUAUAUAGAGAGAAGAAUAAUGUUGACAAGCUACGAGAAGAAGAAACGGAAUUGAGGGAGUCUGGUGCUUUCAGUGGAAAUCUUGGCGAGUUGGAGCGGAAGACAGUUAAGAGGAAACGUGUGUUUGCAACUUUAAAAGUUUUAGGGACAGUGCUGGAACAGCUGACUAAGGAAAUUCCCGAUGAGCUUAAACGAAUGAUGGAAUCUGAUGCAGCAAUGACGGAAGAUUUAAUUGCUUAUAACAUUAUUCCGUUGGAUGGUCCUACCUUAACAAAUGCGAUUGUUCGUUUGCCUGAGGUGCGAGCAGCAGUGUCAGCUUUAAAAUACUUUACUGGUCUACCAACAUUGCCUGUGGAUUUUUCUAUUCCUGCUACAAGAGAUGCUGAUAUGCUUGAUUUCCUGCAUUAUAUAUUUGGAUUUCAGAAGGGCAAUGUUUCUAACCAGCGGGAGCAUAUAAUUAAUCUCCUUGCAAAUGAGCAAUGUCAGCUUCGAAUUCCUGAAGAAACUGAACCGAAAUUGGAUGAGGCUGCUGUACAGAAAGUAUUUCUGAAGUCCCUCGACAAUUACAUUAAAUGGUGUAACUACUUGUGCAUUCAGCCUGUUUGGAGCAACCUGGAAGCUGUUAGCAAGGAAAAGAAAUUACUAUUUGUUUCUUUAUACUUUCUGAUAUGGGGUGAAGCGGCUAACAUUAGGUUUCUGCCCGAAUGCUUGUGCUACAUUUUUCAUCAUAUGGUAAGGGAAAUGGAUGAGAUUUUGAGGCAGCAGAUUGCACGGCCAGCCAGUAGUUGCAAUUCUGAGAAUGGUGGGUCAUUCCUUGAUGCAGUCAUCUCUCCUUUGUAUGACGUUGUCGCUGCGGAAGCUGGAAACAAUGAUAAUGGACGAGCACCACAUUCUUUUUGGAGAAACUACGAUGAUUUUAAUGAGUACUUUUGGUCAAGUCAUUGCUUUGAUGAACUUAGUUGGCCAUGGCGUACAAGUUCAUCAUUUUUCCAAAAGCCAACACCAAGGUCAAAGAAUAUGCUUGCAUCUGGCAGAAGUCUGCGUCGAGGGAAAACUUCAUUUGUUGAGCACCGGACGUUUCUUCAUCUUUAUCAUAGCUUUCAUCGUUUGUGGAUAUUUCUUGCUAUGAUGUUUCAGGGGCUCACGAUCAUUGCAUUCAAUAAUGGACAUCUUAAUUCCAAGACCUUAAGGGAAGUUCUUAGUCUUGCUCCAACAUUUGUGGUGAUGAAAUUCUUUGAGAGUGUUUUGGACAUUUUCAUGAUGUAUGGUGCAUACUCUACAACACGGCGACUGGCCGUUGCUCGAAUUUUUCUCCGUUUUCUGUGGUUUAGUAUUGCAUCAGUCUUCUUAUCUUUCCUCUAUGUGAAAGCUCUCCAGGAAGAGAGUAAACCAAACGCUGAUUCAGUUAUUUUCAGAUUGUAUCUGAUUGUAGUUGGCAUCUACGCUGGUGUCCAAUUUUUCAUCAGUUUCUUCAUGCGAAUUCCUGCCUGCCACCAUCUUACUAAUCAAUGUGAUCGCUGGUCUUUAGUUCGCUUUGUGAAGUGGAUGCGCCAGGAACGGUAUUAUGUUGGACGUGGCAUGUAUGAGAGUACUACUGAUUUUAUCAAGUAUAUGCUCUUUUGGCUUUUGGUUUUGAGUGGAAAAUUUUCGUUUGCCUACUUUCUUCAGAUCAGGCCUUUGGUGAAACCAACAAGAAUUAUAGUAGAUAUGGAUCCUAUAACAUAUUCUUGGCAUGAUUUGGUAUCUAAAAAUAAACAUAAUGCAUUGGCAGUUGCCAGCUUAUGGGGUCCUGUGGUGGCUAUCUAUCUCUUAGAUAUCUAUGUGUUUUACACUAUUAUAUCUGCUGUUUGGGGCUUCUUGCUUGGGGCAAGAGAUCGUCUUGGGGAGAUUAGGUCGUUGGAAGCCCUUCACAAACUUUUUGAGCAGUUUCCUGGAGCUUUUAUGGACACUCUUCAUGUUCCUCUUCCUAACAGGACUCGUCGUUCUUCUUACAGUCAGGAUGUGGAGAAGAAAAAGGUUGAUGCUGUACGAUUUGCUCCCUUUUGGAAUGAGAUCAUAAACAAUCUAAGGGAAGAAGAUUAUAUUACUAGCUUGGAAAUGGAGUUGCUUCUUAUGCCAAAGUAUUCUGGAAAUCUCCCCUUGGUUCAGUGGCCCCUUUUUCUUCUUGCUAGCAAGAUAUUUCUGGCUAAAGAUAUUGCUCUAGAGAGUAGAGAUUCACGGGAUGAGCUCUGGGAAAGGAUCUCAAGGGAUGACUAUAUGAAGUAUGCUGUCGAGGAGUGCUACCAUGUGAUUAAACUUGUCCUGAUCGAAAUAUUGGAUGGUGAAGGAAGAACAUGGGUCGAAAAAAUAUAUGAAGCUAUGCAUGUGAGUAUCGAGAAGAGGAAUAUUCAUGUGGACUUUGAUCUCAGUAAGCUGCCACUUGUGAUUACAAGAGUCACUGCAUUAAUGGGACUUCUGAAAGAGGUGGGAACACCAGAGAAUGAAAAAGGUGCUGUUAAGGCUGUUCAGGAUCUCUAUGAUGUUGUGCGACACGAUGUUCUUUCUAUUAACAUGAGGGAGCACUACGGAACCUGGAAGGCAUUGUCAGAAGCAAGGGCUGAGGGUCGUCUUUUUGCAAAGUUGAAGUGGCCCAAAGAUGCUGAGUUGAAAGCUCAAGUCAAAAGAUUGUUUUCGUUGUUGACUAUCAAAGAUUCGGCCUCAAAUAUUCCCAGAAAUCUUGAGGCCAGGCGUAGGCUGGAGUUCUUCACUAAUUCCCUUUUCAUGGAGAUGCCGGUAGCCAAGCCAGUGCGUGAGAUGUUAUCGUUCAGUGUUUUCACUCCAUAUUACUCUGAGAUUGUACUUUAUAGUAUGGCUGAACUCCAAAAGAGAAACGAGGAUGGGAUAUCAAUUUUAUUUUACCUCCAGAAAAUAUAUCCAGAUGAGUGGAAGAACUUUCUAGCUCGAAUUGGUCGUGAUGAGAAUACGCCAGACUCUGAACUUCUGGAUAGUUCUAAUGAUACCCUUGAACUUCGGUUUUGGGCGUCGUACAGGGCACAAACAUUGGCUAGAACUGUUCGUGGGAUGAUGUACUAUAGAAAAGCUCUGAUGCUUCAGACUUAUUUGGAGAGGUUAACUUCUGGAGAUUUGGAGGCUGCAGUUUCUAGUAAUGAUGCAACUGACACUCGAGGUUUUGAACUAUCUCCUGAAGCGCGGGCUCAGGCAGAUCUUAAGUUUACUUAUGUGGUUACAUGUCAAAUAUAUGGAAAACAGAAAGAGGAGCAAAAACCUGAGGCUGCUGAUAUUGCAUUGCUUAUGCAAAGAAAUGAAGCUCUUCGAGUUGCUUUUAUUGAUGAAUUUGAAACUUUAAAGGAUGGUAAAGUGCAUAAGGAAUUCUACUCAAAGCUUGUGAAAGCUGAUAUCAACGGGAAAGAUAAGGAAAUAUACUCCAUAAAACUGCCUGGAAAUCCAAAGCUUGGUGAAGGAAAACCUGAGAACCAAAAUCAUGCAAUCAUAUUCACUCGUGGAAAUGCAGUUCAGACAAUUGAUAUGAAUCAGGAUAAUUAUUUUGAGGAAGCCUUGAAGAUGAGAAACCUUCUUGAAGAAUUCCAUCGUGAUCAUGGUAUUCGUCCUCCCACUAUACUUGGUGUCCGGGAACAUGUAUUCACUGGAGGUGUCUCUUCUUUAGCCUCAUUUAUGUCCAAUCAAGAAAGUAGCUUUGUGACUCUGGGUCAGCGUGUUUUGGCAAAUCCUUUAAAGGUCCGUAUGCAUUAUGGCCAUCCAGAUGUUUUUGAUCGAGUUUUCCACAUAACCAGGGGUGGUAUUAGCAAGGCCUCGCGGGUUAUCAAUAUUAGUGAAGAUAUCUAUUCAGGAUUCAAUUCAACUUUACGCCAAGGAAAUAUUACUCAUCAUGAGUACAUCCAGGUAGGAAAAGGACGAGAUGUCGGGCUCAAUCAGAUUGCCUUAUUUGAAGGAAAGGUUGCUGGUGGUAAUGGUGAACAAGUUCUUAGUCGUGAUGUAUACAGGCUUGGGCAGCUCCUUGAUUUCUUUAGGAUGAUGUCAUUCUACUUCUCCACUGUUGGAUUCUACUUUUGUACUAUGUUAACAGUGCUGACUGUAUACAUUUUCCUAUACGGGAAGGCAUAUUUGGCGCUAUCUGGUGUUGGUGAAACUAUUCAAGUGAGAGCUAAGAUAAUGCAGAACACUGCCUUGAAUGCUGCUUUAAAUACACAGUUCCUCUUUCAAAUUGGCAUUUUCACUGCUGUGCCAAUGGUUUUGGGCUUCAUCUUGGAACAGGGUUUCUUCAGGGCCAUUGUCAGUUUUGUCACAAUGCAGUUUCAGCUUUGUACCGUUUUCUUCACAUUUUCUCUGGGCACAAGAACUCAUUACUUUGGUCGGACUCUUCUUCAUGGUGGUGCAAGGUAUCAAGCAACUGGUAGGGGAUUUGUUGUCCGCCAUAUUAAAUUCUCUGAGAAUUACAGGAUUUACUCCCGCAGUCAUUUUGUUAAAGGAUUCGAAGUUGUGCUUUUGUUGAUAGUGUACCUGGCAUAUGGAUAUAAUGAAGGUGGUGCGCUGUCGUACCUUCUUCUUACAAUUAGCAGUUGGUUUAUGGCUCUUUCUUGGCUUUUUGCUCCCUAUUUGUUCAAUCCAUCUGGGUUUGAGUGGCAGAAGGUAGUGGAGGAUUUCAAAGAUUGGACUAAUUGGCUUCUUUACCGAGGUGGAAUUGGAGUGAAGGGAGCAGAAAGCUGGGAAGCUUGGUGGGAUGAAGAACUGGCACAUAUUCGGACGUUGGGAGGGAGGAUAGCAGAAACUAUUUUGAGUCUAAGAUUUUUCAUCUUCCAGUAUGGCAUUGUCUACAAGCUGCAUGUGCAAGGGAGCAAUACAUCAUUGACGGUGUACGGCCUGUCAUGGAUCGUGUUAGCUGUGCUUAUAUUGCUUUUCAAGGUUUUCACCUUCAGCCAGAAGAUGUCAGUCAAUUUCCAGCUUUUGUUGCGCUUCAUCCAAGGCCUCUCCUUUUUGAUGGCACUUACUGGUCUGGCAAUUGCGGUUGUAUUGACUAAGUUGACAUUGCCGGAUAUAUUUGCUUGCAUAUUAGCAUUUAUACCCACUGGAUGGGGAAUCCUUUCGAUUGCUGCAGCUUGGAAGCCUUACGUGAAAAAGCUGGGAUUUUGGAAAUCAAUCCGUUCACUUGGCCGUUUAUAUGAUGCUGGGAUGGGGAUGCUCAUUUUCAUUCCUGUCGCAUUAUUUUCAUGGUUCCCAUUUGUAUCAACAUUCCAAACCCGCCUCAUGUUUAACCAGGCUUUCAGCCGGGGGUUGGAAAUUUCUCUAAUUCUCGCCGGAAACAACCCCAAUACAUAGCUGUGAUGAGUAAGUACGUUUAACCCUGUACAUUUUUUUGUGAAACACAGACGUUCCACCUCAAUGUUACUUGUCAACUCCGGAGGCAGCGUGGAUUUAUUUUUUUUUUUAUUUUUGUUUUGGCAAACCCUACAGCUAAGAAGCGUUAUGAGUACGUAUGUUUUGUUGAUGGGUACCAUAUAUAAGGUCAUUUUUGGUAAUAUAACAGAUAUAUCUUAUUUUUCUUUUUAA